AACGCUUCUGAGACGGGGGACUUCUGAAUAUCUCACGGGGUCCGGAAGUCAUUUUUCCCCCCUGUUUCUCGCUUUUCUUCUAAAGGGCUCCCGGUUCCCAGACCCAAUUUCGUCUCUUGGCAGGAAGAGGGAGAGGAUCCGUCCGUGGAGGACUCCGAGGAAAGAGAGAGACUAGAAGUUCUUCAAAGGGAGAACCUGGAAGGCUCCGAAGAGGGGCCGAGGAUGGGAACGGAGGAAAAACGAAUCGUCUUUGAAGGGAUUGAUUUCCAUGAGAUCCCACUGCCGGAGCCCUACGGCGAAGGGAGCAGAAGGCCCAACGGGGAGAACCAUUUGAUCUGCUCUCAUUGCGGGAAGAGUUUCAGCCAGCAGGUCUACCUGACCAAGCACCAGAGAAUCCACCCAGCCGCAAGAACCUACAGGUUCCUGGACUGCAGGAAGCCCUUUGGCCCCGUCUCGGAGGCCGACGCUCCCCUGAGGUUCUACGCGGCGAAAAAGUCCCACGACUGCUCGGCGUGCGGGAAGAGUUUCAGUGACCACAGGAGCCUUAAAAGACACCAGAGGAUCCACACGGGAGAAAAACCCUAUAAGUGCCCCGAAUGCGGGAAAAGCUUCAGCCGCAGCCCGGAACUGAAAUCGCAUCAAAGAAUCCAUACUGGGGAGAAGCCCUAUAAAUGCACCGUCUGUGGGAAGAUGUUCAGUCAGAGCUCGAACCUCAGCAAGCACCAGAGGACCCACACGGGGGAGAAACCUUAUACCUGUGCAGAAUGCGGCAGGAGCUUCAACCACAGCACGCACCUGAAGCGGCACCAGAGGGUUCACACGGGGGAGAGGCCUUACAAGUGCACCGAGUGCGGGAAGAGCUUCAGCCAGAGCAUCAUCCUGAAACUGCAUCAGAAAAUCCACACGGGGGAGAAGCCCAACCGGUGCUCCGAGUGCGGCAAGAACUUCAGCAAUAGUGGGAAUCUGAAAAUACAUCAAAAGAUCCACCGAGGGGAGAAGCCCUUUAAGUGCACCGAGUGCGGGAAGUGCUUCAGCCAAAGCAUCAUCCUCAAAUCGCAUCAAAGGAUCCACACAGGAGAGAAGCCCUACAAGUGCUCCGAGUGCGGGAAGAGCUUCGGGGACAGCCGGAGCCUAAAAGUCCACGAAAGGAUCCACACCAAGGAGAAGCCCUAUAAGUGCUCGAUGUGUGGGAAGAGCUUCAGCGUGCGGAAAAGCCUCAACGUGCACCAGAGGACUCACACGAAGGAGAAGCCCUACAAGUGCGCCGAGUGCGGAAAGAGCUUCAGCGACAGCCGGAUCCUGAAAGUGCACCAAAGGAUCCACACGGGGGAGAAACCCUAUAAAUGUGCCGAGUGCGGGAAGAGCUUCAACCAGAGCCCGCACCUUAAAAGGCACCAAAGAACCCACACAGAGGAGAAACCCUAUAAAUGCGCCGAGUGCGGGAAGAGCUUCAACCAGAGCCCGCACCUUAAAAGGCACCAAAGAACCCACACGGAGGAGAAACCCUAUAAAUGCGCCCAGUGCGGGAAGAGCUUCAACCAGAGCACGCACCUCAACGCGCACCUCAAAAUCCACAUCCGGGGGAACCCCUAUAAGUGCUCCGAGUGCGAGAAGAGCUUCCGCCAGGAGAGGCACCUGAAGUCCCACCAAAGGGUCCACGUCAAGGGGGAACCCCCUGAACCCCAGUGAUGGGUUGGGAUGGUGGAGGAACCUUUUCGUUUGGAACACAACCUCCCCCGAUGUCAAAAGAGUA